AUGGCUUCUUUGGCGGCGACUCGUGCGAACGCGCACGCAACGUGUCUCUCCUCCUUCAGGCGGGGAGGCGCCCUGUCCACCUCCGGCAGACACAACGGCAGACACAAUUCUUUGGUGUCUUUUAGAAGCAUCUCGUCGGAAAAGACAAACACCGCAGCAAAAACCAAGUCGUCUUCAUCCUUGAGCGAAGAAGUAAGAAACGAUUUUCCAAUCCUCCGGUCGGAAAACGAUUUCGGAAUGCCAAUCGUCUACUUAGACUCCGCGGCGACGUCUCAAAAACCUCUCGCAGUUCUCAACGCGCACGCGCAGUUUUACGCGACCGCAAACGCGAACGUCCACCGAGGCGUGCACUACUUAUCCGCAAAGGCGACGGAUGCGUACGAACAAAGCCGCGCGAAAGUUGGAAAGUUUAUCAACGCGAAAACGGACAGAGAGAUUGUGUUUACCCGAAACGCGAGCGAGAGUUUGAAUUUAAUCGCAAACACGUGGGGGGAGACAAACAUUAAGGAAGGGGAUGAAAUCGUUUUAUCCGUGGCGGAACAUCACUCGAACAUCGUGCCGUGGCAGUUGUUGGCGGAAAGGAAAGGCGCGGUGUUGAAAUUUAUCGGAUUGGAUGAGAACGAAUGUUUGGACUUGGAGGAGUUGGAAAGAACGGUGAACGCGAGGACGAAGCUGGUGUCGUUGCCGCACGUUUCGAACGUGCUCGGUUUUACGAGCGACGUGGAAAGGAUCGUGAAAACGGCAAAGAGCGUCAACGCGACGGUAGUUUUAGACGCGUGUCAAAGCGUUCCGCACAUGCCGGUAGACGUGCAAACGUUAGGGGCAGAUUUCAUCGUCGCCAGCGGUCAUAAGAUGUGCGGUCCAACCGGUAUUGGGUUUUUAUGGGGCAAGUACGACGUGUUGUCCGAGAUGCCGCCGUGGAUGGGCGGCGGCGAAAUGAUCCAAGACGUCUACUUGGAAAAGUCUACGUACGCACCACCGCCGGGUAGAUUUGAAGCCGGCACUCCGGCGAUUGCGGAAGCCGUCGCUUUAGGCGCCGCGUGCGACUACCUCUCCAAAAUAGGCAUGGACCGCGUCCACGAGUUUGAACUCGAACUCGGUGCGUACCUCUACUCCGAACUCCUCAAAAACAUCCCCAACGUCCGCAUAUACGGUCCAAACCCACUGAAAGUAAACCCUCAAACUGGCAAAAACUUCGAACGCGCCUCCUUAGCCGCCUUCAACGUCGACGGCGUCAACUGCUCGGACGUUUGCACCUUACUCGACCAACUCCACGGCGUCGGCUGUCGAAGCGGUCACCACUGCACGCAACCGUUGCACCGACACUUAGACGUCCUCGGUAGCGCUCGAGCGAGUUUGUACAUUUACAACACCAAAGAAGACGUGGAUAAGUUCAUCGAAGCGUUGAAAGAAGUCUUGGAGUUUUUAGGCGAACCCGUUUAA